AUGGCUGCAGCUGAUCCCUUCCUGCAUCUCGCUCGUCCUCUGGGCCCCGUGGCCGUCGGGUCUGCCCCGACGACUGCCCCUCUGAACGUCGUGAUUCAGCCCCAGGCCCUCUUCUCGAUCCUCGAUCACUCCCUUCGUCGCAACGCCGAUCAGGAGCGUGUCAUCGGUACGCUUCUCGGAACCCGGUCGGAGGAUGGCACCGAGGUGGAAAUUCGCAGCACCUUUGCUGUCGGACACACGGAGACGACGGACCAGGUCGAGGUGGAUAUGGAAUAUCAGAAGCAGAUGCUCGCCCUGCAUCUCAAGGCCAACCCCAAGGAGGUCCUGGUGGGUUGGUACGCCACGUCGUCCGAGUUGAACACCUUCUCCGCCUUGAUCCAGAACUUCUACAGCGGCCAGGGCGACGGCACGUUCCCCCACCCGGCCGUCCACCUCACCGUGUCCACUGAGCCCGGCAAGGACAUCGAGACCCGCGCCUACAUCUCGGCCCCCGUCGGUGUCACCGCCGAGAGAGCCGCCGACAGCGCCGCCUUCAUCCCCGUGCCCCACGAGAUCCGCUACGGCGAGACCGAAAAGAGUGGUCUGGAGGCCAUUGCCGCCGCCCGCGACGCCGAGGAGCGCGCCGCCAACCUCUUCACUGACAUUGAGGCCCUCGAGCGCGCCAUUGAGGAGGUCCUCGGCAUGAUCGACCGUGUCUCCCGCUACGUCGAGUCCGUCAUUGACGAGGAGGCUCCCGCGUCCACGGCGCUGGGUCAGUUCCUGCUGAACGCCCUGGCUCUGGCGCCCAAGGUCGAACCCGCCGAUAUCGAGCGGGACUUCAACAACCACAUCCAGGACGUCCUGGUGGUGUCCUACCUGGCCAACACCAUCCGCACACAGAUGGAGCUGUCCAACCGGCUAGCCACCGCCCAGCUCACCUUGGGUGGCGAGUCUGGCAGCACAGAGUCCGGUCAGCGUGGAGGUCAACGAGGCGGCAAAGGCGGCCGUGGCGGCCAGCAGCGGAACCAAGAACGCAGUGGAGAGGAGGUCCGCGCUUAG